UCCAGUCGUGCAGCGCGAAAUUUGCUCSGAGGGCAAGUUUACCGUGACCACGUGAAAGUGACUGGAGGUAUGAUAUUUUCAUAUUAUUUCUCACCUCUCCAUACCCUCCAUAACGACYCUUCACAUGAAAAAUGGAUCUCCCAUGAUGCUCUUGAGACUCCUUACCAAUUCUCUUGGCCGCGUUCGUUCUCUCUUCGCCAGCAAUCCAAAAUGGGGAUCUCAAGGGACUCCUGGCAUAAGCGCCGCCAGACUGGUGGUAAAAUGAAAGCCCUCCGUAAAAAGAGGAAGUUUGAAUUAGGAAGACCACCAGCAAACACUAAGCUUGGUCCUAAGCGUAUCCAUCCUGUACGAACUAUGGGUGGAAACAAGAAGUUCCGUGCCAUUAGGCUUGAAACUGGCAACUAUUCAUGGGGCUCCGAGAGUGUAACCAGGAAGGCCCGUAUCAUUGAUGUUGUGUACAAUGCAAGUAACAAUGAGCUUGUGCGAACAAAAACCCUUGUAAAGAACUGCAUUGUACAAAUUGAUAGUACUCCAUUCAGACAGUGGUAUGAGGCUCAUUAUGCAACACCAAUUGGACGUAAGAAGACCUCRCAAAAGCAAGCUGARCCUGAGGAACAAGACCCUGUCACCAAAAAGCGCUCCAAUCACUGUCAACGAAAGAUUGAUGCAAGAAAGGCCCAGGGGAAGGUUACUUCAGCUCUUGAAGAGCAGUUUACAACAGGCCGUCUCUAUGCAUGUGUGUCAUCAAGACCAGGGCAAAGCGGUCGAUGUGAUGGUUAUAUCCUGGAGGGAAAAGAGCUGGAGUUCUAUGUUAAAAAGAUCAAAGCCAAGAAGGCCAAAUAAAAUGUAUUUGUACAAUUAAUAAACAUCAGUUCACCCAAUGA